AUGAUGGGAGUUUUUAAUGGUAUGAUUGUUAUUGCACUCAUACUCUCCAUUUAUGUGAAUAAUGUUCAUACUCAGGGAGUAUGCAAUGCAGCGGCGGCACAAAUUUGUGCACCAUACACGUGUGUUCAAACAGAUGCUCAAUAUUCAUGUAUUUGUUCGAACUUACAAGUUGCACAAAGUGCAGCGGAAUGUACCAACAUUGGGCCGGUUGUACCUCCUGUAAUUCCAAAUCAAUGUGGCAAUGCUGUAUGUCCUGCUGGUGCUACAUGUGUGCCAACAAAUCAAAAUCCAUCGCAAUAUAUUUGCAUUUGCCCAUUUAACGUUAUUGGCAAUCCUAGUUGCCCAGUAAAUCCAUUACCGAACAAUCCAUGUCUUUAUAAUAACCCUUGUCGAAAUUUCGGAACUUGUGUUGUUAAUCAGCUUACACUACAACCGGUUUGUAUUUGUCCGCCAAAUACUUAUGGUGUGAAUUGUUUACAACCAUGUAUUCGUACAUGCCAAUCUAGCUGGUGUUACAAUGGUGGUCGAUGCAAUAAUUUAUAUGGUCAAGCUUUUUGUUCGUGCCCACAAAACUAUCGUGGCCGUCGUUGCGAACUCCGAUACAAUCAAAACAAUUAUGUUUACUUAUACCAUUAUCCACAUUAUGGUAAAUGA